AUAUGUUUAGCACUUUUUCGAUCCAAAAAAAGAAAACCCCCGAUAGUUAAUACAUGCAGCGCUAACUCCAAUCGCCGACAUGAGUUCUUGGAUGCUAAUGGAUGCCACCGCCGUCGAACAGCCGUCCGAGGGAGAGAGUGGUCAGGGACUGAUCUCAAUGGUGUGCAUGAUGCUCAUGCCCAUAUGCUCUGUUCCGAAUGUGGUGCCCUCGAAUCAUCACAGACUAUUCGUGGUCACUGUCCUGCUGUUCUAUGUGGCCUAUCGCCUGUUCCAAUGGUAUAGGAACAUUGUCCUCAGUCCGCGACGACGCGAGGCACGCCUGCUGGCCAGACAAGCGAUGCGUCAGGCGGCCAACCUCGACAUGAUGCAGCAACUGCAGGUGCACAACGGCGAGCGCAUCCUGCGCUAUGUCCUUGUGCUGGAUCAGUGUAGGAAUGCGUUGCUGCAGCCAGAAAUCGCGCCAGUGCGGAUCAACGUAUCAAAACGCCAUCGCAUAGAGCCAGAUGGGGAAAACAAAAAUGUCCAUGCGGAAGAGCAGCAAAUGCUGGAAUGUUCACAGGAACAAAAACUGGAGAAGAAGGUGAGGCAGAACUCCGAGGAGACUUCACGGCAGGAGCUGGAAGAACAACAGCAGAUAGUGGAAGAGGCACCACAGCACAAGCUUAGAGAGCCUCAGCGGCAAAAGCUGGAAGAGUCGAAACGGCAGGACCCGGAAGAGCCACAUCAACCACAGGCGGAGGAAAUAAAAAAACGGAAACUGAAAUGUCAACCAGAACAUCAAAGCGGUAGUGCUUGCGAAAAAGUAGUGCGAGACGGAAGCAGUGUUCCAUCCGUUCGCAGAAGAAAUCGUUCACUCAGCCCAUAUACACUGACGAGAACAAACAUCAUUCCGAUGCCCGUGCGAGUUCCCGAGUACGAGAUCGGCAUAGAUAGCAGUGUCAGUAGAAAAUCCAGCAUAGUAUCGAAGAGCAAUAGACCUCAGCAUUGUCUUGGAAAAAAGCGGAGAAAUGAAUAUUAGACACCCCUCUUUAAAAAGGAUACAACAAUGAUCAAUUUCAGGCAAUCAUAAUUUAUGUUUCCUGAGACCAUGUCAACGACAUAAUUGUGAGAUUGAAGGUCUGAUUUAGAAAAGACAGUGUCUAGUGCAACUCUUUUUUGCUAUAUUUAUAUUACUUGUGUACUGCUGAGGAUCCAUAAACGCCAUGUGUUUUCAAUCGAAUAAAAUUUCAAUAUUCAUAGAAUA